CUUAUCAACCUAUGUGGGCAUGUAAAGAACACAAUACAUAAACCCUCUGAGAGCCUUUGAGGAAACCACUGGAUAAAAAAGACCUGGAGCAGCUCAUUGUGUAGCAAUACUAAUUCGUGCCAUGGGAGACAAUGCUUCAGACCACGCUUCCAACUGCACCAACGUUGAUACUCUAAUGAAGAGGUAUUAUCUCCCAGCAAUAUAUGGUACAAUCUUCAUUGUGGGCUUAUUGGGAAACCUAUUAGCCAUCACAGUGUAUCUGGUCAAGAUGAGACCAUGGAAAAGCAGCAGCAUCAUCAUGUUUAACCUUGUGGUAACAGAUUUUCUGUAUAUGUUGACUCUGCCCUUCCUUGUGUACUACCACACCAAUGGCGAUUCCUGGGCCAUGGGAGAUUUCAUGUGCAGGUUUGUGCGCUUCACUUUCCAGUUCAGCCUUUACAGGAGCAUCCUCUUCCUCACCUGCCUCAGUGUCUUCCGCUACAUCGCCGUUGUCUACCCCUAUCAAACUCAGCAGGUGCAAAAGAAACGGUGGGGCAUCCUUGUUUGCAUCAUUGUCUGGGCAAUUGCAGCAGUGGCAGUCAUCCCCAUGACGACAAUGAUCUCUGUGAGUGAAAUGCAGAAUGUCACACAAUGCUUAGAUUUUGCGAGCAGUGAGGUGGACACAGUUUGGUGGUAUAGCUGGCUUUUGACAGUGCUGGGGUUUCUCGUACCCUUAGUGAUUGUAUGCAUGUGCUACUUCAGCAUUGUACGGGCGCUGAGCACAGGGCCUCACACUCAGAGUGAGUGCAGGUUAAAGGCCCGGUGUCAUGUCGUCCUCAUCAUAGUUGUGUUUGUGCUGUGCUAUCUGCCUUUUCAUAUAUCAAGAGGCAUCCGGGUGCAAACCAAUAAACCUGGGUUUGACUGUCUUGUGAUGACGCGAGCUCAUGCAGCAUACAUCUUCUUUAGGCCGAUUGCAGGACUGCACACUUUUUUCAACUUAGCUUUGAAUACAACUGCUGGGGAUCAGUUUCAGAAAGCCUGUAGCGAGCUUUUCAGCUGCUUCCGUUGUGAAUCAAAACGCAAGGAAGUUUGCAAAGUGGUUGUCAUUUCAUAAAUCCCACAACCCUUCAUAAAUGUAUAUGUAUACCAUUUAAAAAGACUGUUUGGGUAACUUUCAAGAAGUAAUAUUGAAGUUAUUCUUCUUAUUAACUCUGGGAUCUAUUAUUCUGAUUAGUGCAAUUACUGUGAACCAAAGCUAGUUUGUAUCGUAUGUUAAAAACAAAUGUUGAAACCAUGCUAACCAACUUUUGGUGAUGCCAGCAAGCUAAUGAUACCAAACACAACACAAUGAUACAAUGCCAUGAGACCAAAGGUUUAGCUUUAGAUUAAUGUAAAUAUGUGGGUCAAUCACUUAAUGAACACAGAUCAAACUCCAUCUUAUGGGAAUUUUAGAUCCAAGGUAUGAUUUAAAAACAUAUAUGUAUUUAAAAUGUACAGCAUGUAGUUCAACAUACCUGCAGUGUACUAUGUAUAUUUAGACAAAUUAAAAAUCUUUAUCAAUGUCUUGAUCAAUGUUUGUCUAAAUUCAUUACAACUGUACCUUUCUUUUUAUUUCUACUCUUAACUGUAAAAUAUACAGACAGAUUUAUGAUGCUCUUAAAAGGUUUAAGAUAGGAUAUGACUAUAUAACAAAAUUCCACUUUACAUUAAGUGCCUGUAACUGUAAUGUGACUGGAUUUGUAGUUACUUAGUAAUUGUAUUAUAAAUACACAACCACAUGUGUAAUUACAGUAAGAUUACAAACAACGAUAAUAACUGUCAACAUGUUUCAUUUAGUAAAUAAACACAUUGUUGCAUUGUAAUACAGAACCAUAUGUGUACGUACUAUGUUACUGUAGUGUAGUUACAGUGCAGUUAUUAACACUUCAUUUAAAGUGUUUGCCAGUAAAGAAAUUGAAUUACCUGUACUUGUUAACAGCCUAAUUUAAAUAUAAUAACCAUAAUUUAUUAGGUUUCCUUUAUAAAAGACAAACACAUUAUGGUAAACUUAAAUUAUUAUUAUUUUUUUUCAAACUGGCAAAUUUAUUUCAGGUACAGUCACUAAUAAAAUAAUGUGAUAUCUGUAUAAUGUGAAAUAAUGUGACAUCUUGUAACAAUUGUAAGUCGCCCUGGAU